UAAUUUGUCUUUUUGUAUGGAUGGUCAUCACUGUUCACAAAUAAUCGCGAGUGUGGUGUGCGUAAGUGUGUGUUGCCUGCUGUAUUUUUUUAAUUUAAUUUCAAUGUGAGGAUGAACAAAUUAACUUAUCUUCCAUAACGUAUAAAAGGUAGAAGAAAAAACCGGUGGAAACUAGAGAGGAAAAAUUAUAGGGUUUGAGUUUCACAGUGAGAGAAGCUCGUGGUGUCGUGGAUUCCAUUUCCAGCUAGAAAUUAGAAUGGGGAAAAACCAGAAGACAGGGGUGGGAAGAGCGUUGGUGAAGCAGCACAAUCAACAGAGCAAGGAAAAUGGGCGUUUACAGAAGAAGAAGGUUCUCGAAUCCUUCACAGAGAUCAGCGACAUCGACGCCAUAAUCGAACAAGCUGAACACCCUCAACAACCCCUCUUCUCCACCCCUCACCGCCCCAUCAAUCUGGAUCUGAGCUCUGGCAUUGGCAAAAAUGAAAUGACACUUGAAGAAAUGAGGAAACAGCAGAAGAGGGAGGAGGCUUUGCAUGCUAGCAGUCUUCGUGUUCCGCGCAGGCCACCAUGGAGAGCACACAUGUCUGUUGAGGAGCUUGGUGACAAUGAAAGACAAGCUUUCUUAAUUUGGCGUCGCAGUCUGGCAAGACUUGAGGAAAAUGAGAAUCUUGUCCUAACCCCGUUUGAGAAAAAUCUCGAUAUCUGGAGACAGCUCUGGCGGGUUGUUGAGCGCAGUGAUUUGCUUGUUAUGGUUGUUGAUUCCCGAGAUCCACUAUUCUAUCGCUGUCCUGAUCUUGAGGCAUAUGCACGAGAGGUUGAUGAGCAUAAACGCACAUUGCUCUUGGUUAAUAAGGCAGAUCUUUUACCAGCUUCUGUCAGAGAGAAAUGGGUAGAGUAUUUUCAUGCUCAUAAUAUUCUAUAUAUCUUCUGGUCAGCUAAAGCUGCUUCAGCAGCUGUUGAAGGUAAAAUGUUUAGGUCACCAUUGGAAGCUGAUGAUUCAGGGAAGAACAAUAAUCCAGACACAGAGAUAUAUGACAGGGAUGAGCUUCUUGCACGGUUGCAGUCAGAGGCAGAAGAGAUAGUAGAGAUGAGGAGAAAUUCUAGCUCUGACACAAGGCCAUCUAACAUUCAUUCUUCUGGUGAAAAUCUUGCUGGUAGUUCCUCAUCAAAUAAUGUAAUUGUGGGAUUUGUCGGGUAUCCUAAUGUUGGCAAAAGUUCAACUAUUAAUGCUCUGGUUGGUAAAAAAAGGACAGGUGUCACCUCUACUCCAGGGAAGACAAAGCAUUUCCAAACGUUAAUUAUUUCCAACAAACUGACCGUUUGUGACUGUCCUGGAUUAGUUUUUCCAUCUUUCUCAAGCUCAGGGUAUAGGAUGAUUGCUUGUGGAGUGUUGCCUAUAGAUAGGAUGACUGAACACAGGGAGGCUGUCCAAGUUGUAGCUGAUAAAGUUCCAAGGCAUGUCAUUGAGGAGAUUUAUAAGAUCAGCCUACCAAAACCUAAGCCAUAUGAGCCCCAAUCACGCCCCCCUCUGGCAUCUGAACUUUUGAGAGCAUAUUGUGCUUCUCGCAGGUAUGUUACCGCUAGUGGACUGCCUGAUGAAACUAGAGCUGCUCGCCAGAUACUGAAAGAUUACAUUGAUGGGAAGCUGCCUCACUAUGAAAUGCCCCCAGCAAUGUCAAAUGUGGAACUAUACUCGGUUAACUUGCAUGGCUCUGUUUCAUCUGGUACUGAAGAUGUUGAUGGCAAACUUGCACCAGAUUUUGAGCAAGUGUUGGAUGACCUCAAUUCAUUUGACAUGGCUAAUGGACUUGUUUCGAAUGAAGUUACCAUCAAGAAGGCUGAUGCAUCUCAUAAUCACCAUAGGAAGCCUCAGCGGAAAAAAGAUCGUUCUCAGAGAACAGAGAAUAAUGAUGCUGAUGGGAUGCCAGUUGUAAGGUUCCUUCAGAAACCAAUCAACACAAGUUAUGUGAAGGUCUAGUAAGUUCAUACCCCUCUGAUAUUUGUACAGCAGACGACACCUGAUCUGUGAGGCCCAGUAUGUACAUUGUUAGUCAAUGACUGAAUAAGUUUAUAUACUUUGUUUGUAAUGCAUUGUACAACUAAAAAAAGUAGACAAUCACGAUGAAUAUAACAGAAAAAUAUUUUGUAUUAACUGUGAUGAGGUAUUUUAUUGUUAAUCUAUGUAAUAUAAGCAAAUGGUGUAUGCA